AUGGUGAACAGUUUAUGGUUCAAAUGGAAGAAACUUCGCCUCCCCUGGCGAAAGUCAUUCUUAGUCGGCCAGGAUCUUGCCGGCAACACCUUCUGGGAAUUUAAAGAUGUGAUGAAUGCAGCCCGAUUUCGACGGAUAGUCAGAUUUGAUCCUAAAACACACUUCAGUGAUGUUCAAGUGACACCGCAAUGGCACCAGUGGCUACGGCAUGUCCGCGAACACCCCCCAAGCAUUCAAGAACAACAGCAGGAUCUCGUCCGGCAGGCACAAAUCAAACAACUUGCUCGACUCGCCGAUGAGCGCUGGGCCAGCAAGCCCUCUUACCUCGAUAAACCCAAGAAUCAGCAAGCUCCAGCUCAAUUCAGUGAGACCCCUGUUAACGAGACCACCGCCAACGCUGCCCAUCCCGCGUCAGAGCCACCCGCUUCCACAUCCCCCGAGACGACGCCACAGCCGCAACCUGUCUCUACGGAGCGAAAUACACCAAAGGGGGAAAACCCAUGGGCUCAGGCUAGCAAAGCAAACCCAGGAGCGGAAUGGCAGCCUGAAGCGUGGUCGCCAAACGCUAAGCGGUGA